AUGGCUAGAAAAUACUUUAAAGUCAAUGAAGCAGAGGAAAUUGUUUCUUCUACUUUAGAUCGAAUCAUUGAAGAACGUAUCAAAGAAUACGAAACUAAUCUCCAAACUACAGACGAAACUGAAUCUAAUAAGAGAAGAGAUUUAUUGAGUAUGUUAGUAGAGGCCAACGUUCUUCAAAAUGGCUUACUUUCACGUUCUGAACUCAAAGCAGAUUCAUUUAUCUUCGCGCUUGCAGGACAUGAGACGACAGCUUCAAGUUCUGCCUAUGUUUGUUAUGAGCUAGCAAAAAGACCUGAAAUUCAAAAGAAAGCAAGAGAAGAAAUUGAUAGAUUGAUUGGAAAUAGAGCUCCUACCUAUGAAGAUUACAAUCAAAUGCAUUAUUUGAAUGCAAUUGUGAUGGAAGCUUUGAGAUUGCAUCCACCAGUUGUCAAUGUUUUUAGAAUUGCAAAGAAAACGACUACUAUUGGAGAGUUUACUAUUCCAAAGGGAAGUACAGUGAUGAUUAAUAUUUUCAGUACGAAUAGAAAUGAAAAAUAUUGGGAGAAACCUAAUGAGUUUAUUCCAGAAAGGUUUCCAAUGAAUGCUGAGGAACAAUCAAAGAUUCAACAUGAUUUUACAUGGGUUCCAUUCUCUAUGGGAAAUAGAAAGUGUAUUGGUUAUAAAUUUGCAGAAAUUGAAGCAUUUUCAAUCUUGUGUAGAAUUUUACAAUUCUACGAAUUGGAACUAUUGAAUAAUGAACAAGAUCCAUUGGAUAAAGUUACAGACAUUCCUGGAAUUACUGUCAGACCUGGAAAUUUGAAGAUUUCACUCAAACCAAGAAGUGAUCUCAAAGAUAACGUUAAAGGUGACAAGAUUAAUCAUUAG